AUGCUGAAUCACACUGAGCCCAUACUCGGCUUCAACACCGUGCGCCACUAUGCUAUGAACACUUUCUCAUCUCUAGCCAUUACCUGGCUCCCGCUCAUUCCUAUACUCAUAUUCUUAAUUUCUCGUAAAUACUACGACUACACAAACACCCAUCCCAAAGGUUGUCGCAAGCUAGGUCUCUCACACCACCAAACCAACCUGCACGAUGAAUACGACCCCAUAUACAGCCAAGGCGUGCCCGACAAGCACACAGGCCCGGAAGACCAGCCCUCAUGGCGCAUAAAAGCGCUCUUCGCAUACCCGAUCAAAAGCUGCGCCGGCAUCGAGCUGGACACAGCCGAUGUCGUCCCAACAGGCUUCACCUACGACCGGCAAUUCUGCUUCGCCGAGUACAUCACCCCCAAAGCCAGCAACAACCAGUCUGAGCAAGCCCACUGGACAGCAAGGACGCUCCGCGACGGCUCACUCUGCAGAAUGGCUCUCAUCAGACCCGAGAUCUGGGUCCCCGACCCCACCGCCGACGACUACUCCCCGGAGCUCCAGGAAGUGCGAUCCCAAGGCGUCCUGGUAAUCCAUUACCCACGAGUCUCGGCCGGUAUGCUCUCGCUCCCAGUGAGACUGGGCAUAAUGCUAGGCCUCCUCUCGAAGGAACUAUCCUUCCGAGUCCCUUUCUCCCCUCCACAAGACGCAGGUUCCAGGUCGACGUAUCCCUCCACCCCGGUCAAAAUCUGGAAAGACUCCCCCCUGGCCCACGACUAUGGCUGCCAUCUCCCGCCCUCACUGCACCAUUUCCUGGACCCUGACCGUACCCGCGGCCCCCUGACGCUCUUCAGGGUAAACCCAUCCUACCACAGAGAAAUCUUCCGCAACGCGCCCCGCAAAGAGCACCUCGGGUUUCAGCCGGUGACGGGCUUCGCGGACGCAUACCCCAUCCAUCUCCUCAACAUAGCCAGCGUGCGAGAUAUAGCGGGUAAAUGCGCGGCCGAUAUCCCCGAGCUAAGUAUCCGUCGCUUUCGGGCGAACAUCAUCGUCCAAGGACCGGGGGCUUAUGAGGAGGAUCAUUGGAAGAGGGUGAGAAUCUAUGAUUCUGGCUCUGGCUCUGGGGGUGUGGAAGUCUACACUGCUUGUCGGACUAUUCGGUGUAAGUUGCCCAACGUGGACCCUGAUACUGGGGUUAGGCAUCCUGUGGAGCCGGAUCGGUCGCUAAAGAGGUGGAGGAGGAUUGACCCUGGCGAUCUGACCAAUGCUGCGCUGGGGAUGCAAGUUGUUCCUGCUGUUAGAGAGUUUAGGGUGUCUGUUGGGGAUGGGAUCGAGGUGCUGGAGACCGGGGAGCAUUGUUAUAUUAAGAUGUUGAAGCCUGGGGAGAAGGUGGAGGGGGUUUAG